CUUGUGUGACUGCACGAUUAGUGUUGAAUGUUCUUUCAAGUCUUCAAUCAUGGCCUCAAUCCUUGAUGCGGACACGAUUCUACAACAUCCAGCUAGUAAUGAGGCUCACGACGAAGAUUUUCAUGAGCUACAUAACGAGCAAGUCUCCAAGGGCGAUGGCGAUUGUGACGUACCCGAUGGUCCAGAUGAUGUGUAUCCACACGCAGAGUCAGAAUCGGAGGAGUCUGCCGAAGACAAUGAGGAAGGCUCUUCGCACUUUGAGGCAAUACAAAAACUAGAACGACUAGCGUUAUCGUUUCUUGAACAACUCGCUGGUUCACUACGAAACCAACGGGCUGACAUAGCGUCUACAAGCUCUCAAGCAGCAAUUAAUUCAAGAUCAAAACACCCCAAAAUCGAGCUUCAGUUAGCUGACCGUCACAAAACAUCCUCCGAAUGCACUAGAGUCAUACGAUACCCCCUUAGACGAAGAGAAGCAAGUUUAAAGCCAUUCGCGCAGAUUUUACGUGUCAUGAACUUUUCUCACCAAGCCUUAGUCGACAAUGUGCCAUUAACAAAGCGUGACAUGUACUACAAGGAUGUCCCUCUUUUCAAAGCUCAGGGAUCCGUUGAUCGACUCGUCGAUGAUCUUGCGGCAACAUUGGGCCUAGAACGGGCCGACCUCAAAAUUCGAGCUGCGUCAAAGGGCCUUAUAUGCGGCACUGGGCUGACAAUUCACCUUCUCGAAGGCGAAGCGAUUUCUAUUAAUGACUUAGCGGGAACUUUGAUACCUGCGGGUGAAACCAUAGAGCGAUUUGAACUGAAAGGGGAUAUUUCAUGGGUCCUUGUGGUCGAAAAAGAGGCCAUCUUUCAGACGCUGUGUCGUUUUCAGUUUGCAAGCCAUCAGUCGCUUCCCGGUCCUGGGCUCAUAAUCACUGGUAAGGGAUAUCCUGACGUGGCCACUCGACAACUCGUAAAAACCUUGUCAGACAACCUUCCGCUGCAUAUUCCAAUCGUUGCACUUGUCGAUGGCGAUGCGUAUGGGCUCGACAUUCUAUCGGUGUACAAGCACGGCAGCUGCAGCCUACGACAUGAAAACAAAAAUCUGGCAGCAAAACGAAUCGAAUGGCUUGGCAUCUGGGUAUCCGAAAUUGCAGGCCUUGAAAUCGAUUUGGAUACACUGAUCCCGAUCACGCUGCAUGAUGAGAAGAAGGCGCUCACGCUACUCAGCCGUCCCACCGAUGUUGUGCCCACGAAAUGGAGAAAAGAGCUCACGCGGAUGCUCCACAUCCGAAGGAAGGCCGAAAUCGAGAUUCUGUCAAGUUCUUCAAGUCAAAAGUCUGACUUCCUUCUACAUUACCUGGCUCAUAAACAAUGAACUUUGGCCGCGUCCUUCGAGAGUUUAUGGCAAACGGCGUCACGACGCAGCGCAAAAACCGUUGCGAAUGUACCAAACAUGCAGAAGAUAGAACGACAUAAAUGCGAAAAUACCUAGUACAUCAUACAAUCAAUGUUCAUUACCACCAGAAGAUCAGCAAAACUGAAAAUAGGCAUGUAAGACAAAAAUUCCAAAAAAACGAGGGAGCUAAGUUAGAGUAGUCUAGUCCGUGGCACAUUAGUAUAUACUCAAGAAGAAUAUUCUGGCAGUGGGUUCUGCACUGGCAGUCCUUUCUAGACUUCAAGACGUUUAUCGAGCUCGAGCCCGAGCUGCUUCUAAUGCUACACCAGACAUAUGUAAGGUUGAACGGGGGCUCCCGGGAGUGCCACUGGCACACUAAAUGUGCUCAUUGUUACAGCACUCGCAAGAACUGAAGCA